AUGGAGGAUACAAUUGCCUACGACAAGCGGCAGAGACGCCAUGAGGGCAGGCGCGAGAUGAGGCCGAACGGCGAGUGCAACCUAACAACCUUCGAUCACUGCCACAUUACUUUGUUCUACGGGAUCCAAAAUGGGGCGGAUGCGAUCUUCACGACUCAGGGCGACGCAGCCGACCCAGUGAACCGUGAACCGACUCUACCCCAAGCACAUCGUCCCUUGGCGUGA